UUUAGAGGUUCUGGACAGCACUGAUGGAGAACAGGACAGAGGUGACCCAGUUCCUCCUGCUGGGACUGACCGAUGACCCACACCUGCAGGUUCCCCUCUUCAUCACCUUCCUCCUCAUCUACACCAUCACUGUGGCUGGGAACCUGGGGAUGCUCCUGCUGAUCCUCCUGGACCCUUGUAUGCACAUUUCCAUGUACUGUUUCCUGGGUAACCUGUCUCUGGUGGACUUUUCCUCCUCCUCAGUUGUCACUCCCAUGGUCAUGACUGUGCUCUUGACAGGAAACAAGGUCAUUUCCUACAAUGCCUGUGCUGCUCAGAUAUUCCUGUUUGUAGCCCUCAUUUGUGCAGAAAAUUACUUCUUGAGCUCCAUGGCCUAUGACCACUAUGCAGCAGUGUGCAAACCCCUGCACUACACCACCACCAUAACCACAAAUAUGUGUGUAAGUCUCCUCAUAGGCUGCUAUGCCAUCUCAUUCCUGAAUGCCUGCAUUCAAAUUGGAAACACAUUCAGUCUCUCCUUUUGUAACUCCAACUUCAUUCAUCACUUUUUCUGUGAUGUUCCAGCAGUCAUGGCUCUCUCCUGCUUUGACAAACAGGUUACUGAGCUGUUUUUUCUUUAUUUUGUGAGCUUCCAAAUCUUUUUUCACAUUCUGGUUAUUUUAACAUCCUACAUCUUCAUUUUUGGCACCAUCCUAAGGAUCCACUCAGCUGCAGGAUAUCACAAGGCUCUGUCCACCUGUUCCUCUCACCUCACUUCUGUCUCCAUCUUCUAUGUGCCUGGUAUUUUCAUGUACUUACAACCCAGCUCCAGACACUCCAUGGACACUGAUAAAAUUGCCUCUGUGUUCUAUACUAUGGUGGUCCCUAUGCUGAACCCUAUAGUCUACAGCCUGAGGAACAAGGAGGUCAAGAGUGCAUUCUUAAAGGUCAAGCAUGCAUUCAUUUUAUCAAGGAAAAAUAAGCUGUAG